UCUCAGUUGAGUUUUUCUCACUGCACACUGUAUUUUAGUAAGUGAUUUUCCGUGCUGCUGUGUUGCAAUUUUCCUUUUUUUCUUGUUUUCAUCAGUGCUUCAAGUAAAAAUUAUGUUCAAAUAAUGUAACACAUAGCGUAAUUGGUGCGAAGCAUUGGAAAAAAAAUAUUUUUCCACAGAAAGCUAUAAAAAGGAUACAUAACUGACCUGAAAUUUGUGCACUAGAAGUUUUAUAUAAAACUAAGUUUUCUGUUGUGAAAUUAAUAUUAUAUUGAAAAUAUCGUCAAUAUGUGACAGUGGACUGUGAAUUUCUAGGUUCUUGAUAAAUCAAUUCUCUUUUACAAAGCGUUCUGUGUAGCAUUUGCCGUUGGUAAAAAUGAAUGAAAAACUUUAGUAUGUUUUUCAAGAGAUGAAUUGUUGUGUAUAAAUCGAUUUUCCUUGUCGUUGCUGUUUACCCUCUGUAAAAAGGGAAGUUAUCUGAUUGUGGAAAUAUAAUUCGCGAACUGAACUGAUUUUCGCUUUGCAAUUUUGGAUAUGUUUAUUGUGUGACUUGGUAUAUUUCCCUUUCAAGACUGUAAAAGGUGCACACAUGUUAUACAUUUAAUGGUGAAGAGUUCAAAUCAAUUUUUUAUUGUUAAUAAUUGAAUUACGUUCAAUCUGGUGCAAAAUCUAUAAAUUUGUUGACAGUACCUCAGAGGGUGCAAAACAUUUUUUUUUACAUUUUUUGUAUGCAAAAAAUGUCUUCGAUGUCAGCUCAAGGAGUAGUUGAGCGAGCGUCAGCUGAGCUAUCGAAACGAAUAAAUGGUUUGGGCCUACGUUCAAAACAUCAUCAUGGUCAUGGCAAAACUAGCGUUAUGGAACGAGUGACGAAUGCCUUAUGUGGAGGCAGCAGUCAUAAUAAUGCCCCAAUUGGUGCUCCAGAAAAACCGUCCAGAAUAAUUACAGGCAAACAAAUUGUGGGUAAAAAUGCUUCAUCUAGUCAACAGGGUACACCGCACUUAAUUCGAAAAAUACAACCACCACCGCCAAACAGUGGUUUUUAUCAGCUUCCACAAAUAUUAACGUUAGAACAGUUGUUUCUAGACGAGAGAUUUCUUAGCAAAUUUUUCCUAUAUUUUACCUCAUAUGAGCGUCGUGUUUUGGCUCAGGUUUGUACAAGAUGGCGAGAUCUACUGUAUCGUUCUCCUAACUACUGGGUAGGCUUACUACCGGUUCUGCAAUGUCGUGAACUGCGGCAUGUUUCGAGCCCAGAUAGGGUGAAAUUAUAUAGUUCGUUGGUACGUCGUGGAUUUCAUGCUCUUUGCCUCUUAAGCGCUACUGAUGAAGAUGCAUGUGAUAUGAUACACUCGUUUCCAUUGGCCUCAAAACAAUUACAUUCCUUAAGCUUACGUUGUUCGUCGAUAAGCGAUCGUGGUUUGGAAACUUUAAUAGAUUAUUUACAAGCCCUUUUUGAACUAGAGCUGGCUGGCUGUAAUGAGGUAACUGAGGCCGGAUUAUGGUCGUCUUUAAAUCCUCGUAUAAUUUCUCUUUCCCUGGCUGAUUGUAUUAAUAUUGCCGAUGAGGCAGUUGGGGCAGUAGCACAACUACUGCCAUCACUGUAUGAAUUUUCGCUGCAGGCAUACCACGUUACAGACGCAGCUCUAGGAUAUUUUUCACCAAAACAAAGCCAUAAUUUGAGCAUAUUACGAUUGCAGUCGUGCUGGGAGCUUACAAAUCAUGGAAUAGUUAACAUUGUACACUCGUUACCACAUCUCACCGUUUUAUCGUUAUCGGGAUGUAGCAAGGUGACUGAUGACGGAGUGGAGUUAAUAGCAGAAAAUCUGCAAAAAUUAAGGGCACUAGAUCUCUCCUGGUGUCCCCGCAUCACCGAUGCAUCGCUUGAAUAUAUCGCCUGUGAUUUAAAUCAACUCGAAGAGUUAACACUUGAUAGAUGCGUUCACAUAACCGACAUAGGAGUUGGUUAUAUAUCGACGAUGCUAUCUUUAACAGCACUAUUUCUACGAUGGUGUUCGCAAGUACGUGACUUUGGCCUGCAGCAUUUAUGUUCGAUGCGAAAUUUACAAGUACUGUCUCUAGCGGGCUGUCCUCUACUCACAUCUAGUGGAUUGUCAAGUUUGAUUCAGCUGAGGCAUCUACAAGAACUGGAACUGACAAAUUGUCCGGGCGCAUCGCAAGAACUGUAUGAAUAUCUUCGAGAACAUUUACCCCGUUGUUUAAUUAUAGAAUAGGAUUUUAGUGGGUGGCACUUCAAUUAUCGGUUUAAACUUAGAUAAUCACUUCUGAAGACUCUUAGUUUUUAAAGAAAAUAAAAAAAAAGAAAAAUUAAUUGCAAACGCGGAUUAAAGUCCUAAAAGCAACUCGCUCGAUUUAGAAUUUUAAAAGCAAAAUAAGCACACAUUUAAGAGGCCGUAUGCGAUAAUCAUAUUAAUAUUAUUAGGCAUGAGUCCCUUUUUUUGGUUUAAAGCGAAAAUGUAUUUAGAAUUCCAAAGUUUAAGCAAGCAAAAAUAAAAUCUAACUGGGUUGUGUUAGCGUUCUUCACAAUACAUUUUUGAGAAUUGUGUACAAAAAUCAAAAUUUUUGCGAAAAUUGUUUGUAUUUAAAAAAAAAUUGAAUUCAAUGGUUGAACAACACGGUUUUGGUUUGUAUAUUUCGAAGAAGACUAAAAACAAACAAAAAGAUUGCCAAAAAUUAACAGAUGUACUUUCACAUGAAACAAUGGGUUUAUAAUGUCGUCAAAAAACAGUGGUUCUACGUUAGGUGCGAUGUUGCAAUAUCCAUAAUAUUUACACGCUUCUGCAUCGAAAAACGUUCAUUCCAUCAAAGAAGCAUUUUUUCGGUGUCCUCAGCCUGUAAAAUAUUAUACGUAGGGACGACAAAUGAAAAGUCACGGUUGAGCAUGGUUAUUGACCUCGUCCUCGCCUCGGAUCAACAAACCUCACGCGAAAACUUGACUUUUCAACUUUUCCGUCCUUGUGACAUCCUACAUCCCACAUGGAUUUGGCUUGGACAGUCAAACUCAUCCGUAUGUUUUUUAACGCGUAAAUCAAAACCAUCGAACCAUUUAGGAGCCUAAAUCCUUUUUAUAACAGCUCAGUAUAGUCGAAAAACAUACCAUUUCACGCGGCACAUUUCUUUCAAAUCCCGAAGCCGUCAGCAUUGAACAAGACAGGCCUUCUAACACUUCGACAUCAUGUACGUAAAUUAGCACGAUCAAGUUCCAUUAACAAAAUCAAAAAAACCAGUGAAUCGAUUCGUCACCGGUGAGCCCUAUUUGAGAAAUAUUUACAAAAAUUUUCUAAAGAGUGUCUUAAGACUGACAAGAUUCUCAACUUUUUGUAAAUUUGUUUUCGUGUUCUUUGUGCAUCAAUUAGGCACCUGAGAAAGCAGCUCUCAUUAAGAAAAAUAUCGAUUAACCUGUUACGUACGGCUAUCAUCUGUUUCAUAGAUAAUGACUUUAGGAAGAAAAAAAACGAAAAACUCUGAUCAAUGCGAUCUUAUCGGUAUAGCAAAAGCAUGUUCGAAAAAAUUGAAGUAAAAGAUUCGAUCGCACAAAUGCUGAUAUGCUUGCUGUCUGUGAAAGGUUAAUGGAUUCAAUAGAUAAAAUAUGUCUAAAUUGUUGAUGUCUUUGACUCUUUUAAUUCAAUGCAACCAUCGCCGAACUUAACCGGAUCAAUCGACAUGGUUGUAUCGAAAUA